UUCAAUCAUGGUACAUUCUGUCUUGGUGUUAUCGCUUCUGUUUGUGGCGUUCCACAGUUCUACUGCAACGUCAAGACAAUGGUCAAGUUGGAACUCUUGGUCAAAUAACAAAGGAGGAAGUUACAAACACAGAUGUGACGCUUAUGCUGAUAUAGUAUUUGGCUAUGACGAUUCCGGAAGUAUCGGUUCAACAGCCAACUUUAACAAUAUGAAGACUUUUAUGAAGGACGUCGUUGGGUCAUUCUCUAACAUUGGUAUCAGUGGUACACAAUUUGGCGCAUUGUGCUUUGCACAAAGUGUUAAAAAUCAUUUCCAUCUUAAUGCGCAUACCAGCUGUGACGCCAUACAGAACGCUAUCAUGAAUUUUGGUGUCCGAAAAGGAAGUGCAACUGCAAUUGGAAAAGCUUUACAGUAUAUGAGAACUCAAAGCUUUGCAAAUGGAAAUAGAAACAUACCACCACGUGUUUCACCAGCCAAAAUCGCAAUUAUUUUAACUGACGGCCAGAACAAUAAUGGACCAGACCCUGUAGCACAGGCAGCCCUUCUCAAAGCACAAGGCGUUAUUAUCAUAGCUGUUGGUAUUGGCAAUAGUGUCAGUGUAUCUCAACUCGAGGCUAUUGCCUCCAACAAACAAUAUGUAUUUAAUCCACCAAGCUUCACCGCACUCAGAGCUCUGGCUGUUCAAAUUAGCAGACUGACAUGCAGAGUGUGCAGAGCUGGACCAGUCGGACCUACUGGAGAAAGAGGACCACCUGGACAUAGAGGACCAGCCGGCCCACCAGGCCCAAGAGGACCACCAGGACCAAAAGGAAUGGUUGGAGACCAAGGACCAACUGGACCACAAGGACCUGAGGGACAUAUGGGUUCACCAGGCCUAAGAGGACCUCCAGGUGACAAAGGAGCAAAAGGUGCACCAGGUAAAGAUGGAAAAGAUGGUGCACCAGGAGGUCCAGGACAACCAGGAGGUAAAGGUGCAACAGGUGACCCUGGUAAGGAUGGCGAAGACGGUGAACCUGGAGACCCCGGAAGAAACGGUAUAAAGGGACCACCAGGCGUACCAGGAGCAAAGGGCCAACCAGGACAUCCAGGAAACAGAGGUCCAAGAGGCCCAGAAGGACCAGCUGGUCCUGCAGGAAGAAACGGAACCCCUGGUUCACAAGGAUCACCAGGACCUAAAGGACCACGUGGUGAUAAAGGAGACAGAGGACCUAUUGGACCACAACCACCACCACCACCGCCAGGACCACCUGGGCCAAAAGGAAAAAAAGGAGAACAAGGAAAGCCUGGAUUCAAAGGACAAAUAACAAUUAUCAUUGAAAAAGGCGGCCAAUACAGACCAGUGAAAGGUCUGAAUGGAUACUACAAAGGAGUGAUCAGUGCUGAUCUUGACGCCGCCAUUAUAGCAGCAGUAAACAAAGGAUACAAGCCACCGCCACCUAAAUACUAAUAGAUGAAAAGAACAAGAUUAAGGCGUUCUGAUUCAGAUUGACUAGUUUUUACUAUGAUUGUAUUAUUGCAAAUAAAUGACAUUGCAUUCAA